GUAUUCCCGUACGCGCUGUGCGAGCAGCGACAGCGACAGCUUCGCAUCGGAAAAGCCGCAGCCAGACGCUCUGGAUGGAUCUAAGUGGUGUUGGUAUGGACGUUACCAGACUGGAAGAGAUGUACACGGCAUCGCCGAAGGUCGACAAGGGCUCCACUCUAGCCGGAUUCGCCAAGAUCCUCGCCGCUGCCAAUGACACUGUGUUCCACAGCACCGACAAUGUCAUCGAUAUCUUCGAGAAAGCCGACCAGACUUUCUGUGAUGACGCCACAUGUCUCACCGAUCCGUGCACGUUCGCGUCGACUUACAAAUGCUGGGCGGUCAAUCGUCAGCAAGACUGGAAUGACCUGUUCAACCCUCGAGGUGCCGAGGUCCUCCAGUGGAAGAGGGGCCUGCUCUGCUUCCGAACAAUGGAAGUCGAUCCGGAGAGCUUGGACUCUCUCGGUGACGUCAAGUACCUCUGUCUGUACCUGUGGUUUCUGCGACAACACAGCUGCAUCUCAGCGGUCUACCUGUCUCUUCCCGUCCUGGCGCCCAGGCACGUCUCCCUGUUCACGUCCCUGCUGAAACUUACUGAUGGCGUGCAGAAGUGUGAGAUCCGUGGCAACGAUCCCUUCAUGGGACCUUCACUUCCCAUGGCCGAGUUCAGAUUAAGCAUGCUCGGGUCCCUGUCCGAACUGCGAGAGCUGGGGCUAGCCGCGGUUCAUUUGACUGACGAUGACGCCAAGAUCCUGGAGCGUCUCGUGGAAAGAAAUGAGUCUCUCGUUGCCCUCGUGCUCAUCGAUGUCGAGAUGAGCGCGGUCGCGUUCGCCGACGUCGUCGGAAAGGUUGUCCAACACAAGGAGCUGCAGGAUUUCCGCGUUAAGAUGAAUGCCAGGGAGCCUGAGACUUUCUUCGACGAAGUCCUCCUUAUGAUCGGCUUCUCGCGCAGCAUCUCCAGGUUGCACGUCCACGUCAACCGUGGUUUGGUCUAUCUGCUGAAGGGCCUUGUGGUCUGCUCGUCGCUUAGUGAGCUCAUCGUGGAGAAUAUGAUCGAGGACGCGCAGGCGCUGGGCGCGCUCGCAGAUUUCCUGGAGAAGCAGCCUUGCAGGUGCUUGAAGGCUUGCAUCGACGCCAAGAAGCUCGAGCGCGUGGACGGCGCGCUGGACAACAUGCAGCGGAUCGUUGGAAACAGUUCGCUGGAAGUCCUGGUGCUCUCGGGGUCGGUGCUCAGUCCUCAGUCGGCUCGGCGCCUCGCCGACGGGCUGGCGGCGAGCAAGACUUUGAAGCAGCUCCACUUGGACGAAUGCGGGCUCGGGUGCGCCGACGUGCUACCCUUCGUGAAGGCCACUAAAGAGCGCGCGAAGCAAGGUAAAUUCGAGGAGCUCAACGUGGGAGCAAUCACUGGCAGUGGGAACCAGCUGUGCGAUAUGUUCAAGACCAUGACGGACGCAGACGUCUGCCACAUGAUCACGCUCACGUACAGCGACUUCCUCUUACCAGCCCUGAGAGAAUCGCUUGAUAAUAACAGCAGAUUUACCAAGGUGACCAUUUCUUGUGGUGAUACAGGCGAAGAAGCGAAACAAGCCGAACCAGCUCUUCAAGUUCUCAGGUUCACGGCGCAGACGUUGAAGAGCCUCUGCAUCGACUCUCCCCGACAACUCAGCAAGCUGGGUGGCCAUUAUGUGGCUUACCUCAUCCGGAACUGCAAGUCGCUGACUGUUCUCCAGCUGCGGUUCCUCACAAAGGCCAUGGCGGCCAGGCAGAUCCUCAAGGCCAUAGCCCAGUCUAGGAGCCUCGUGGUCCUCGCCUUGGAACGAUGGUGCUAUAAGGACAAAGUGCACACAGACAUCAUUCACCACGAUCUCGUCAACAUGCUUCGGCAGAACGAGAGCCUGCACCGGCUCGAGUUCUACCUUCGAGACAUCGAAGAGUACGAUAACUUGAAGCCGCACCUCGUCCAGGGUGUCUCCGUCCACGAGUACCUGACUUCCCUGAAGAUCUACAUCGGCGAGCAGCGCGAAGAACUUGUCGUGCGCGACCCCGUGAUCUUGGAGCAGCUCCGCCGGAACGCCAUCGUACAGGACUGGACCAUGGACAUCAUGCUCAGGGACUCCUUGGCUCCUGAGGCCGCCGCUGCCGUUGAAGCUCUGGACGCCUACGAGUCGCGUCUUGACCUGCUUCGGCGGACGGGCGCGUUCUCGCCGCGUGCGGCCGAAAAUCGCCUCCGCUUGGCUCGCAUGGCGACCAGGACAAAGUAUUACCUCCUGCUCGCUGCAUACCGCAAACACAAAGAAUUUCGUUGGUCGCCCGAUGACCUUCGAAGUUAUCACGAACUCAUGUCUUACGUGCGUGACCAAGCGUUCAGCAUUAUGGGAAUCCCACAGGAGCGCAGUCCGCCUAGCAGCGAUAGUGAGUUGAGUGCUAGAUAGGUGGUUGCCUAAGUUCUUUUUUUUCAUGUGCGUAGUUAAACGGCAGAUGCUCAGAUGUUGCAUAAAACUGUAGCUUGCGGACGUUUAUAGGCGGUUGAAUGUUGCAUGCCCGUCCUGUUUUGACAAUAUUUAAAGGUCGAUUUUCCUAUACUGUGCUCAUUAUCCUGAAAACGCUAUUUUUUCUACAACUGUAUAUAGCCUAUCACGUGCCUUGGCGAGUUUUCGGAGGCAUAUUGGGCGGAAAGGGCAUUGUGGACAUUUUUGUUGAUCUUGUACAGUGAUGUGGAACACUGGUUUUGAAGGAUACUUUAUACAUUAAUGUAAUAAACCGUAUUUUCCUACUCUUUGUGCGAUAUCGUUUUCUAUUCGUACAAGC